AUGGCCACUACACGGACGCAUUCAGGAAAGCGACCAGCCAACUGGCAAGAGUUCUACAAAAACGGGCCACCCCAGGAGGUCAUUAUCAUCGACGACGAUUCUCCACCGCCAUCCUCCUCCUCCACAGCGUCCUCCACAGCGUCGGCUCAGUACCGUCAAGUAUCCUCCCGUCGUCACUAUCAGCACAAUAACUAUGACCACCCGCUGCUGUUGGGGUCCUCCCCUCGGUCCCAUGUCAUGCCGCCGCCACCAAAUAUGUCACACCUACCUCCGUAUGCCCAGCAUGAUCCCGGAUAUCACCACAGCCACCAUUAUCAGCUCUACCCAGACUCGAGUCCCCUGCAGCCUUCACAUCCAGACCACUCUGGACGCAUGACCAAGCGGUCCAACAAGCGGUAUCCUUCAACCGACCUUGCGCCUUACGGAUCCAAUGGAUCAACAUCCUACCCGUCGCCCAACUCUACAAGUCACCAUUACUACAACUCAUCCUCCAAUAACCAAUAUCCACCUUACUCAGGAGGUCCGGAUCCGCACCACUAUGCAUAUUCGAAUGGACAUGGACCUUACGCCUCGACAAUCCAUCCUGCACCACACCACUCCCAUCCAUAUCGCCAUCACUCCAACUACUCUAAUAUCAUCGACCCCGCCACAGAGUCCGUCUCCGUGGAAUUGAUUGCGCCUGUCAGGAAAAAGAGGCGCUCCAAUGCCACUGAAGUCAGAUACAUUGCACCACCACAACAUCCACCGGCCAUCCCUGAGAAGGCCCCCUAUGCAUCUUAUUACAAUCCACCACCGAACCAUGCACCCAAAAUCCAACCAAAGGAUCAGACCACAUAUGGCCGAGAUGCACCAGCCGCUAUACCCCCGUGGGACGACAAAGAGGGCCACUACGUAGUGGUGCCAGGCGAUGAUCUCACUUCAAGAUACAAAAUGAUCCGAUUGCUGGGACAGGGCACUUUUGGAAAGGUCGUGGAGUGUUUUGAUAGGGACACUGGAAAGCACUGUGCUAUCAAGAUUAUUCGGGCGGUUCAAAAGUAUCGGGAUGCUAGCAAGAUCGAGGCUCGAGUACUGAACACCCUCAAGAGGAGCGACCCCCGGAACUCCUUCAAAUGUCUCCACCUGAAUGAAAUCUUUGAUUACAGGAACCAUGUUUGCAUGGUGUUUGAUCUGCUGGGACAAUCGAUCUACGACUGGCUCAAGGACAAUUCGUUCUGUCCGUUCCCACCCAACCAAAUUCAACAUUUUGCUCGCCAACUCUUGACAAGUGUAGCCUUCCUCCAUCGUCUUCGACUUAUCCACACGGAUCUCAAACCCGAAAAUAUUUUACUGGCAAACGGCAGCUUUCGAACGGAACCCUACAAGAAAUCACCAACGAAUACGAGGAGAGUUCUUCUGGAUCCUGACAUCCGGCUUAUUGACUUUGGAAGCGCAACAUUUCAGGAUGAACACCACUCGACUGUUGUCUGCACGCGGCACUACCGAGCACCAGAGAUCAUACUAGGAAUGGGUUGGUCGUACCCUUGCGACAUUUGGUCGGUCGGUUGUAUCUUGGUCGAGUUUCUUACCGGAGAGGCACUCUUUCAAACACACGACAACUUGGAGCAUCUCGCCAUGAUGCAAGCCGUCUUGGGGCCCAUCCCUGAAAAACUAAUCCGGGCAUCCCAGAGAGCGCAGCAAAAGUUUUUCCAUCAUGGACGACUAGACUACCCCAACGAGGAGACGAAACGCAACAGCCGGAAAUACGUCAAAGCUCUCCGGCCCUUGCGAGACUACGUAGUGCCAGCUGGAAACAGAUCGGAGAAUGCCAGUUUUGCUUCCGAGUUCAUGGACCUGUUGAGUCGGUUGUUAGCAUAUGAUCCUGACCACCGGAUCACGGCUGCAGAUGCGUUGCGACAUCCAUACUUUAAUUACGUGGUCGAUGAGUCUGGAUUCAUCCUUGAUAUCAAGAAAUCGAGUCAUUGA